AUGCUGAUAUUGCUAGCGUUGCUCCUCCGAUCCCCCCACGUCCCGCCCCGACCCAGCUCCGUCACACUAUUCGCCUCGACCUCGUUCCCCUGUAGCUUGCUAUGCAUAUGUGGACUAGGUGUGCUGCGCGAUGUGCAGGCACAAUUGAAUUUUCAAGUAGUCAACGUGGGUUUCAAUUUUAGCUGGCGCAGCUUCCACAUGCACACCGUGCUCCCAGGCCGACCUUUUUUCACAUCAC